CAAGAACGAUGUAUCAAUGAAGAGAUAUGUGAAAAACACCUUGAUGAUUGAUUCUAAACAACGUUUGCCAUGUUUUCAGUCGAUAUUAUGGAGUUAAUUUGGAAAAAAGUUCGCGUUUUGAGGACUGAAUUUUGGGAUUUUUUUUGGUAGCCAAAUGUGAUGUAUAAAACGGAGCUAUUUCUAAUACACAAGGAAUCUUUUUGGAAAAACUGAGCAUCUGCUAUCUAACUGAGAGUAUCCUCAUUGAAAACAUCAGAAGUUCUUCAAAGG